AUGACCGGUGGCAUAUAUCGACUCAAAUAUCACCUUGCAAAGAUCCCUGGAAAGAAUAUUACGACAUGUGACAUUGUUCCUGAAGAGGUUCAGAGGGAGGCAAAAGCAAGACUUUCAGGAUAUGAGCAAAAUAAGGUAGAAAAAAAGAGGACAGCAAAGGCAAUGGCAGCCCCAAUGAGAGAUAUCAGUUCUAUAGGGUCCAAAAAUAUUGGAGUGGGCAGCAAUACAUCUAGUUUCUUCAUUCCUCGUAACACUCCUGGUGCACAACCCGGAUUGUUAGGUACUUCAUGGAAUAAGGAAGUGCAUCAACAGACAAAAGCAGCAAUGGCUAGAUUUUGGUUUUACAACAAUAUUCCAUUUAGUAUUCUUGAGAGUCCAUAUUGGGAGCAAACGGUCAAUGGAUUGACCAUUUCUUGUAAGGGGUUCAAGUCCCUAAGUCGUUAUGAGUUGAAUGGGCCAUUAUUGCAGCAUGAGCUCCAAAACACACAUCAGUUGGUGGAACAACAAAGGAGGAAUUGGGAAAGAAAUAACUGCACCAUUUUAUCUGAUGGGUGGACGGAUAGUAGGAAUGGGACACUCAUAAACUCUCUAGUUGCUUCAGGAGGACAAGUGGUAUUUUUAAAAUCGAUUGAUGCCUCAGAUCAAGUGAAGAAUGCAGAAACCUUGUGCAACACGUUGGAUGAGGUGGUGACCGAAGUGGGAGUGCAAAAUGUUGUUCAGGUUGUGACCGAUAAUGCAGCUGCAUAUGUGGCAGCCGUGGAUUGGAUUGCUGAACCUGAUGGUACUAUUGGUGAUAUUGAUGUGGAUGCAUUUAUCACUGACGAUCAGUUAGAUGAGAUGGAGAGGGAGGCACUUGAAUGGGCGGCAGAGGUGGCAGAACGUGAGGAGGCGGGAGAUGAGUUUGCUGAUCCAGAAGAGGCAGAUUCCUCACCUAUUGAGGAUAUUGCAGCUGCUGCAACACCAUCUACUUCAGCACCCACUCAGCAGCAACAGAGUUUUUUGAGCUUUAGUUGUAGACGCAAUCUACAAUUUCCAAUUUUCAAUGAUAUGAAACCAUGA